AUGACAUCCCCAUUGAAGAACAUUGCUAUUGUUGGGGCCAGCGGCAGCAUUGGAAGUAUAAUUCUCAAUGGCCUCAUUGACUCCGCUCAAUUCAGCAUCACUGUCAUCGCUCGCAAGGAGAGCGAAGCUACUUUCCCAUCUGGCGUGACUGUCAUCAAAACCGAAAUCUCGGAUGAAGGUCUAGAGGCCGCCUUUAAGGGCCAAGAUGCUGUUGUCUCGGUGGUGGGUGCUACUGCAUUUGAUGAGCAGAAGAAAUUCGUUGAUGCUGCUGUCCGUGCAGGCGUCAAACGUUUUCUUCCUUCUGAAUUUUCGAUCAACAGCCAGAAUGAAGCCGUCUUGCAGUUAAUUCCUCUUUUUGCUCAAAAGAAGGACCUUAUCGAGUAUCUCAGAAGUAAGGAGGCGGAAGGUUUGACUUGGACUGCUAUUGCCACCUCUGGCUUAUUUGAUUGGGGUCUUGAAAAUGGGUUCUUGGAGUUCAACAUUGCCAACCAUACAGCGACUAUUUGGGAUGACGGCAACAAGAGUUUCACCUUGACGAACAAAAAGGACUUGGGUAAUGCGGUUGCCUAUGUUUUGAAGAAACCUCAGGUCGCCGUGAAUCAGUACAUUUUUGUCGCCUCAAUUGAGACCACCCAGAACGAUAUUCUCGCUGCUUUGGAGGAACAGUCGGGGGCCAAGUGGACAAUCAAUAAGACAACCACUGCGGAUCAAAUCGCUGAAGCCACGCGCAAACUUACCGCUGGGGACUUCACUGGCAUCUUUACUUUGGUUCGUGCCACUGUUUUUGGCAGCAUCCCUGCUCUCCAUGCCAAUUAUGCCAAGGAGGAGAAGCUGGCGAAUGAUGUUUUGGGACUCCAGCUUGAAGAUGUGAAGAAUGUGAUUCAAAGAGUGAUUAACAAGCAGAUCAAGAGAGACUGCUGCAGGUCU